AGUCGUAUCAAUAAUUAUUACAUUUACAUAUUCACAUUUCAUAGAUAAUUCGUAUUUUUAUAUAUUGGAUUUUCUAAGGAGGGAAUUAUCUCCCAUUGGAUACGAUAAAAUAGUUAAGUACCCACUAGAUAUAAAUCCCGUCUCGUAUAUACAUAGGCAGGUACUAGUAGGUACGCAGUUUUGAUAUCUCAGUCAGAUAAAGACACGACAUUGCACAGUAAAUAUAAUCGGAAUAACAUCAUGAUAUAAAUCUCAGACGCUCACAUACUAGUAUCAUGCAGCCAAACUCUUGUUCCCUUCGAAAAAUAAGAGACGAUAUGACAACUCCUAGAGCAAAGGAAGACUCUUCUCCCUCAAUGGCUCCCAGCAAUCAGUCCCAAGACCCCAGAUCGGGUGAUUUACCUCCUGAGUUGAUGGAUAUUGUAAAACCUGCUCUACAAUUUGGUGGCCUUUCUGCACUUUCUGGCACUAUAAUUGGUGGGUUUUCUGGUAUCCUUGUGUCUCAAACUCCAGUUCUCUUCGCCGUCGCCAGCUCUAUUCAAUGGGGCAUUCUUGGUACCACCUUCUGGGGAACCCGUACUGCCCUUCUCUCCCGUUACAGGACCGCGUCUAUAUACCCGACGCCGCAAGAGAAAGCGAUCUCCACUUCCCUAGCUGCUUCCCUUGCUGGCGCUACUGGAGGUAUACUGCGUGGCCCAAAGAAUAUUCUUCCUGGGUUUGUCGUUUUUGGGGCUGCUGGAUAUGUGGGACAGAAGAUCUACGAUGCUGUGGACGAGAGAAAGAUGGAGGAGUUGAGGUUGGAGGACGGUGGAAAUCAAAAGAGUGGGGGUGAUUGGAUGAACUCGAAAUGGGUGCCGUGGAAGAAAUUAUCUGAUGACGAGUAUGAAGGAAUGUUGAAGGAAAGAUUGUUAAAGGUUGAUGCGGAAAUUGCCAUUCUAGACGAAAGUCUGCAGGCUUUACGAGAACAGCAGAACGAGGCAGGAAAGCUUCAAGGAACAGUUGAAAAGAAUCAUUAGAUUCCUGUCUAGCUUCUAUACACCAUUGUAAAAGAAUUUUUGGCUAUUCAAAGCUUUAGCAUUAAUUUAUUUGUAGCCUACAUUAUCUCUUUGUGAAAGUCAUCGAAUACAGCACAUGA